UGGGACCGUACCGACAUUUUAAUCCAGGUUGGAAAACCCGAUGAGCGUGAGAAAGUGGCUGUUUUUGGAUGGGGAGCACAAGCAGCGGUACUCGAAGGAGCUGAAUUAAAUAAAUUCAUUCGAUUGACCAACAUGAUAGUUGUUCCUGAAGACAUCGGAAAAAGAGACACAUGGAAUGGAUCGAUAGAAUUUAAAUUAAAAUUUACAAGAAGCUCAACUUUAACAAUUGUCGAACAAGGGCAAAGUGCGGUGUCUCAGCAGAAUACAAAUAUGAUAGGUAGUUUAAAAUUUUAA